UGCCGUCUUGAUUUUUCCAUUUUUGCUAGCUGGCUUUGGAUAGACUAAUAGACUUUUUUGAUUCUUUCUGAAGAACAAAAGAAGGAGAGAGAGUCAGCGAGAGAAGAAAAUGAACCCUUUUAUCUCCCUGUUCGGUCUUCUUAAAUCUCUCAAGUCUUCAAAUCAUUUCUAGCGUUCUGUAAACGUUUCUGGUGUAGAUAAACAGUAAUUGUAAUUACACAAAACUCUUGCCCCCGUAAUGCCCAGAUCAUCUUUCUAGAUUCUCCUUGGUGAACGAAUAAGUGAAUCAAUUUUCCGAUAAUGAGUUGUGUUUCACAAACAAACCCAAAUUUUUCUGAGUUUGUUGAAGUUGAUCCGACCGGAAGAUAUGGCAGAUACAAUGAAAUUCUAGGAAAAGGAGCUUCAAAGACAGUUUAUAGAGCGUUUGAUGAGUAUGAAGGGAUUGAAGUUGCUUGGAACCAAGUCAAGCUCUGCAAUUUCCUGCAAAAUCCAUCUGACCUCGAGAGACUCUAUUGUGAAGUUCACCUCCUAAAGACAUUGAAGCACAAGAAUAUUAUGAAAUUAUACACAUAUUGGGUUGAUACUGCUAAUAUGAACAUAAAUUUUGUAACUGAAAUGUUUACUUCAGGAAGCCUCAAACAGUAUAGGCUCAAGCACAGAAGAGUUAGUAUUAGAGCAGUGAAAGACUGGUGCAGACAGAUUUUGAAUGGACUCCUCUAUCUCCAUAGCCAUGAUCCCCCGAUAAUCCACAGAGAUCUUAAGUGUGAUAACAUCUUUGUAAAUGGGAAUAAAGGCCAAGUCAAAAUUGGAGAUCUUGGUCUUGCUGCCAUCCUGCAAAAGUCACAAACUUGUCAUUGCGUUGGAACUCCUGAAUUCAUGGCUCCCGAAGUGUAUGAAGAGGAUUACAAUGAGCUGGUUGACAUCUAUUCUUUUGGGAUGUGCGUUUUGGAAAUGGUCACGUUUGAAUACCCAUACAGUGAGUGCACUCAUCCUGCUCAGAUCUACAAGAAAGUUAUCUCUGGGAAAAAACCAGACGCAUUUUACAAAGUGAAGGAUCCCGAGGUACGCAGAUUCGUUGAAAAAUGUUUGGAAACUGUAUCUUUUAGGCUCUCAGCGAGGGAGCUUCUGGAUGAUCCUUUCCUCCAACUUGAUGAUUGUGAGUCAGAUAUAAGCCCCAUAGUAUGCAGGAGAGGACAAAAUUACAUGGAUCCUCUGUUAAGGCAGUAUAAUUUUGAACCCGAUUAUGAGGGAAAAUCGUUCAGUACCUCCUGCAGUGAUUGUGUUUUUGUUGAAGAAAACGCGUUGGCUUGCUCUCCAGAUGAAUUCAGAAGUGGAAUCGAACUUUUCGAGUACAACAAUGUUGAAGAACAUGAACAUUCUUUGAAUUUAGAUAUAACUAUAAGAGGAAAGAGAAGAGAGGAUGGGAGCAUAUUUUUAAGACUCAGAAUUGCAGAAGGAGGAGGUCAUGUCAGAAAUAUCUAUUUCCCGUUCAAUGUUGAAUAUGAUACAGCGUUAACUGUUGCAGCUGAAAUGGUUGCAGAGCUAGAUAUCGAAGACCAAGAUGUUACGAAGAUAGCUGAUAUGAUUGAUGGCGAGAUUUCGAAACUAAUGUCGGAUUGGAAACCCGGCCUAGGAAUAGAAGAACCCGACCACUUCACGAGUUCCACCUUAAGCUUUAGUUUUGCAUCUGACCAUACUUCUGCUGCUCCCUCUAUGAAGUUUUUUUCAAAUACUUGUGAAGCAAAUGAUUCUAAUCACACAAGUGAUCCAGCUUCCUCGAACCAAAUAAAUGGUUUCUAUAAUACAGAAUACUGGGAUAAUCAGGGCCUUGAUCACAGUUCACAGUGCUCCUCGGGAUGCCAUUCUGUCGAACAACUUGAAAAACUGUACCAAGAAAUUUCGUCCGAGGUUGCAAAAGAGGCGGGGAUAAGGAGUAAAGUUUCGGCGGGUGCAAGAAAUCUCGUCCAGUCUUUUUGGGGUUUUUGUUCUUUAGCUUCGAUACCUAUGAUGCAACUGACCUCUCACAUGGGCGUGAACAGGAGAUUUUGCAUGGGCUCUGAUGGCAUAGCGCUAAGUACCAAAAGAAUUUGAGAAGCUUUCUGGACCGACAUCUUUAAGCCACUAACUUAUCGCUUAAACACUCACCACCUUGUAGGGCAACAUCCUUACAGUUGAAGACAACGUUUCUAUAUAAGUUUGUAAGACCCUUCUCUAUAUUCUUGCUUGUAAAGAAGUUGAUUGUGUUAUCCACUUCUCUAUGUGGUAUAAAGCGGUGCCCCAGCCCCAUUUUUGGUAUCCCAAAGGGCGUGAAAAAAGGGAGUUUCUUCAGUCUUGUUGCUUCAACACAGCACUCACUGUAUAUCGCAACAUCUUUGCCGGUUCAUGAAGAUUUAUAGUUUUGUAAAGCUGUUCUCCAUAUUCUUGUUUUUUACAUUUAGGAAUGGUGAGGCAGUGUUCUGGGACUUGCCAUAAGGCCAGUCAUUUUGAUUUCUUAGAUGUCUAUCAGGUAGUGAACAAUAGAAAUGUAAUUAUUACUCGAAGGCUUUAGGAUUUUUCUUUCCUGUGCCAUAUUGUUCGUCUUUUGGGGCUCAGUUUUGAUUUUCCAAUAAUUUAUAUC